AUGGCUGCUCCACAGACUGCCGUCGCUCACGAAGCUGGACUAAAAGUCGCUGCUGUCGAAGUGCCGAGCACGGAUCAGAAUGAGAGAAGAACUAGAGAUGGAAAAUGGACACUUCGUCAACUGAGACAAACCGAUGCUAUUGUACCACUUCAGAGCGGUACCAAUCAAUUCGAUUCGCAGAGGGGUAAAACUGGCUUUGGAAUGCCGAGAAACACUCAAACCGCGGUCGAAUUCGCUGAUGACGGCAAGCGUUGGACCAUCGAGCAGAUGCGAUCUAGUGAUGUUACUGUUCGCCUUCAAUCCGGCACCAAUCAGUUCGAAAGUCAAAAGGGCAUGACUGGUUUUGGAACGCCACGUGACUCUUCGAUUGAAUCAACAGUUUCACGUUCUGCUCAAAAGAAAAAAAAACAGUCACAAAUCUGGCGCUAUGCCCUGCCAAGCCAUUUCCUGAUCAUUAUUUACGUAUUAUUCACAUCUAUUUGCUAG